ACUACACAAGCUCACUGUUAUUUUUAAUUUAAAAAAAAAACAAGAAAAUAAGUCACAAAAAUGGACAGCGAGGCAACAAACCGUAAACCGCGCAUCCCUCAGGGCAACGGCUACAACUGCUUACAACCAUCGCGCUUCUAUUUAGAGCUCCCUCUCAGCCCGUCCUACCUGUACUUCCUCCUGGCGUCACUUCCGGAGCAGCCUAAGAUGGCGGCUGGGGUGGGCGACAGGGACCCGCUGCUACGGCUGAGACGCCACCUGAGGGAGGAGGUAGAGCCCCAGGCUCUGCUGCUACAGCCUCCCCCCGGGGGCGCGGCUGAAUCUACAAAUGUGGAGAAAAAAGAGAAGCCUCUUCCCAGACUUAAUAUUCACUCUGCAUUCUGGAUUUUGGCAUCAAUUGCUGUGACAUACUAUGUUGAAUUCUUUAAAACUAUUAAAGAGACCAUUCAAGCAGAUAGAAACUCCUCUGCCUGUUUUUGGAAAAUUUAUUUGAGAUUGAAAGAAGUUAACACCUUUAAUCAAGGAUGGCUUACUGUACCCUUGAGAGUGAGGGAAAGGGAAUUAAAAUGCAAAAAAGGAGAUAGAUGCCAAAGGCUAAAAAGUUGGUGCAUUGUUCUUGGCAGCUGUUUGUUGGCUGCAAGCUUAGCUAUUGCUUUUUACUGCAUAAUAUAUCUAGAGUGGUACUGUGGAAUUGAGGAUUAUGAUGCCCAGUAUCCAGUACUGAUACCUGUCACAACUGCCACUUUUAUUGCAGCAGCAGUUUGUUUCAACAUUGCCUUAUGGCCUGUAUGGUCAUUUCUCACCCCUCUGUUGCUAUUCACUCAGUUUAUGGGUGUUGUGAUGCUUGUGUCACUGCUGGGAUGAGUCACCUAAGGUAUCAAGAAAUCUGCCUUUGCAAGGAAGUAACUAACUUGGUUCGCUACACUGUGUGCGAAGUUUAAAUACCAUAGGUUCCUUGUGAACCUCCACUAAAAAACAUGGCAAUAUUGUAUUUCAGAACUUUAAUAUCACAUGAUUUGCUUUUGUAAAUGUGAAUCAGACUCUUCAAUUCAACAUUCAUGCCAGUUCCAUCUGUCACUAGUCAUGUUAUUGUUGGAAUUUGUAGGGGGAAAGGGGGUGCAUGUGCAGACUGAGUUAAAGAACGGAUCGAAUUAAGAUGUCACUAGUCACAGAAGGGUCUGUUAGUAGCGGAUGUCUGGAAUGGGAAGUUAGUUGGAUAACACAUCUCUUCUGAAUAGUUGACAUUGACAAGAACUUUCAACUUGAACAGCAGAAGUGAAUUCAGAACACAACCUCUGAAUUGUGUACUGAAUUUAACAAUGCAGACUCAUCAAAUCAUGGUGCACUAUAAGUGUGUGCAGAGUCUAAUUUGAAAUUGACUGGAAACUGAUGCCCCUCCAAUAUUUUUAUAAGUUUUGUUUCCAUAAGCUUUGUAUGUAAAGAGCUCGCUGUUUCAAAUUAUAAGGCAACAAUUUCCUUUUAAACUAAAUUUCAGUGCUCUGUCAUACCUUUUAAAAAUAAUUCUGUGAAUCUCUGCUUAAACGCAAAAGUUGUGUAAUAUCUCAGACACUAGCUUGUCAGUCAGUUGUUUGACUUUUAUCAAAAAAAGUAUAAAUGCAGUAAUGUAGAACCUAUUUCAGUGACCCAAAACCUAUGACCCUGCUAUUUCUUGACAAAGUUUAUGUACAGUAUUACAAAGAUAGGUAACAAGUGAGGGAUGUAUUCUUAAAUGCAUUUUGUUUAAAAAUAAUAAUCAGUUGAUUUGGAACUACUUAAGAUUUUGAUUUAAAUGUUGUGCCACUUAACACGAUUAAACCUUAUUAAUUACAUUUGAAUUCUGAAACUAAUCCUACAAUAGAUGGCAAUUCUAACCCAUUCUUAAACCCAAAGAGAUGAGCUUCUGGCUGUCUCAGUUCAAUUUUUGUUUGUGUAUCUUCUGCUAAGUUAUUGGUAUUUGGAACCUGUGAAUCAGGCUCAGUCUAGAUUGACAAUGUUUAUAAACUUCUGUUAUGCCAUAUUUGAUCUUUAAAGAAAUAUUCUGUUCUAUUGCCUGUUACUGUACCUCCGUUAAAAUUUUGGGGCCAGAUCAUCUGCAAUAGCAAAGAAGCCACAUGCAGGUAUGGGAAGAGGCCUUCAAAGGUGGUGUAAACCUCACCUUUGCACACCCUUGAUCCUGGUACCAUUGUUAGCCACUUUAGUAUCCCUGGCAUAAAUUAGAGCAUCUCAAAUGAAUGGGUGUUAUUAGAGGUCCCCCCUUUGCUGGUGUGUCCCUCCCGUGGCUCUAUGGCCAGAUUCUGCCAGCAGUGUGCAGCCAUACUGCAACAGAAAAUAUGCCCUAUGUCCAGACAAAUUAUUGAUCCCUAAAGUAUUAGUACAUAUUUGUGAAUCGGCAAAGAAACAGACAUGUACAUUUAAGAUCUGUCCUAGAGAAAAUAUGUUACGAAAAGUACAAGUGCAACUUAUUUUCUUGAUGUUUGUUUGCUUCUCUGAUACAAGAUUUGGGAAACUAAAUUGCUCUGUAUUCACCAUU